CACACUUCCAACCUCAACCACUUCACCUCACUCUGCACACUCCCCCACCAUCACAAUUGAAGUCGGCCCGCCAUGCCUCCCCGGCUCCAGAUCCUCCCCUUCCGGGCGCUCACGUCCGCGACGCCCAUCACCACGGCCGCCGCCGCCAGCAGCACCGCCAACCCGCUGACAUUCCUUCUGGCCGGCUUCCAGCAAUCCCGCAACGCGCACAUCCUGGCCUCGCUCUCCGACAACGCGGGGGCCUACAACAAGCGCAUCCGCCGCGGCCGCGGUCCGGCUUCCGGCAAGGGUAAGACCUCCGGUCGCGGUCACAAGGGUCAGAAGCAGCACGGCAAGGUGCCCGCGGGGUUCAAUGGUGGACAGACGCCGGACAUUGUUGUGCACGGGGAGCGGGGAUAUAACAAUAUCCACGCCAUCGAGCUAGCCCCCAUCAACCUCAACCGCAUCCAAGACUGGAUCGACCAAGGCCGCAUCGACCCGACGCGCCCGAUCACGAUCCGCGAGCUUUUCGAUUCGCGCUGCAUCCACCAGACCAAGGAAGGCGUGAAGCUCCUCGGCCGCGGCGUCCUGAAGGACGAGAAGGGCGCCGUCAUCACCCCUAGCACUAGCACCACCACCCCCUCCACAUCCGAAAUCGAAACCGAAUCCUCAACCCCCACCCUCCCCGACGGCACCAACGUCCUCAAACAACCCAUCCACAUCGUCGUCUCGCGCGCCUCGGCCGCCGCCAUCGCCGCCGUCGAGGCCGCCGGCGGCACCGUGACCACGCGCUUCUACACACCGCGCGCCAUCCGCCGCAUCCUGAAGCGCGAGAUGCACCCGUUCGUGUCGACGGCGUGGACGGCGCGCAGCAGCCCCGCGGGUCUUCUCACCGCCGCCGGCAUCGAGGAAGACGCCGCCGGCCAGCUCGUCGAGAGCGAGAUCAUGCGCGCCAUGGGCUACACCUACCGCCUGCCCGACCCCACCAAGCGUCGCGACAUCGAGUACUACCGUGACCCCGCCCACCGCGGCUACCUGAGCCACCUGCUCAAGCCCAUGGAGGGUCCCAGUUUGUUCUUCCGGUCGCCCGUCGAGCGGAAGACGGCGGCGGGUGCGCAUAAGGAGAAGGUGCUGCCGGAGAAUAGGCUUUGGUAGGUUGUCCUUGUUCCGGGUUGAUUUGGUUAUUGGGCGGUGGGGGAAAGGGGGGUGGGAAGCAUUACAAAG